AUAUUUCUUUCAACAAGUAAAUGAUUAUAUGUUUUCAUUUUAGAUUAAGGAAGACAUGUAAAAUGACAAGGAGAAAUACUGUAUCACAAACACUGUUGUUCACUUGGCUAAUGUUAUAUAAUGGUGAUAUCAGAAGUGUGUCUUUUUCUAUGUCAUGGGAUUGGUUUGAAGCUCAACAACAAUGUCAUAAAAUUAAUGAUACAUUACCUAGAAACACUUCUGCUUCAACAGAAAUGGAAAUCUGGACUGGUUUCUACCUGAGACAAUCAUCGUGGAUUAAAAUUCUGGGCUGUUUUGAUUCAAAGAAUAUUUAUGGCUAUCAGGAAUUCCUGAAGAAUCAUUUAUCUGCUGGAUAUUGUCACGAAAUAUGUUCAUCAUUAAACUCGACAAUUUUUGGAAUUAAGGAAAAGAAAUGUGUGUGUCUUGGACGCUCAAUUUUGAGUAAAACGAUUUUACCCAAUCAAUGCAAUGAAACAUGCAGACAAGAUACAGAAGGUUUUGGAUUUUCAGAAUGUGGAGGACCUAAUGCCUAUUCUGUAUACACUGCAGAUUCAUCAUUUUUACCGAAUUGUACAAAAGCCGAAAAUGGUGGAAAAGCAACAUGUCUUGCGGUUAACUGUGGUACUGAACAGAGGUUUUCUAUUUCAACGAGUUGUUCUGAGUCAUAUUUCGGAGUCUGUGAAGUUAAAGAAUACCUGGGGUGUUUUGAGGAUCAAAGUUCGCGAACCCUUUCAGGAGAGGAUAAAUGGGCCAGAGAUAUGACUAUAAAACUUUGCAGAAAGUUUUGUUCAGAUCGAAAAAGAAAGUUGUUUGGAGUCGAGUAUUCAAAUGAAUGUUUUUGUGGAAACGAUUUUGUAAGGAGGAUCAAAAAGGCUGAACGUGAAUGUAACAUGACAUGCGGUGGAGAUAACCGUCAAAUAUGUGGUGGACCAUGGAGGAUCAAUAUUUACAGAACCCCAUACUUCGAAAUUGAUAAAAAUGCUAGACAGAACUGGACUGAAUCGAUGAAAUGGUGCAAAACAUGGUCUCCGCCUACUUACUUAUCUGGAAAUGUAUCUCUGGUAAACGCCAACCAAGCCUGUCAAGCAUUGCAUAGGAAAAAAGAUGGUUUAUCAUGGCUUGGUAUUGCAAAAGAAGUAUACGAAGGAUAUGAUCGAGGUAUAAGUUUUGACACCAAUCACAGAAGAACCUUCCUGAAAUGCCAGAAGUGUAACCACACUAGUUGUGAAUUUGUCGACUGCUUUCAAAAACUGAACAGUAUUCUGUGCGAAAAGACUUCAUUGGAAGAAUCUACCACUGUUGACUUUCCACUGACCAUUUAUGAAAAUUUAGAAAAUCCCGUUCCUUUGAUUUCUUUGAUAGUGUCGUUAGUGGUAGUCUUUAUUCUUGCUAUUUGCACAGCAGUUGUCGUCACUUGGUUGAUUAGAAAAAGGGGGAUAGAAAACAAAGACAACAAGAUAAAUCAUCAAAUGUCAAACUCUAUAAGUGAAAAUGUUUACGUCAACGUUAAUGACGACCCGAAUAUGAUGAAAUAUAAUUCUGAACAAAGACCUUCAUCAAAACACUUUAUCAGACCAGAAAAUCCAGAACAAAAUUUAGAUAAACCAUAUCGGGAAACAGUUGAUGAUGUCUAUGAUCAUCUCGGGGAUAAGGAAACUAAACAAAACAAGAACGACAAUGUCUAUGAUCACGCCCAUUUUGCUGCCGAAUCAGAGGACGGGGUGUAUAAUAUUAGUACUAGUGGUACAUCACAAAAUAAAUCUCAAGAUGAGGCUACUUAUGAUCAUGCCGCGUCUUACUCAGAUUAUGGACACCAUGGUGAACAAGUCGAUAAGAUGGAGGAUACGUACUCCAGACUUCAGAUAAAAUCACGGAGCGGACACUAAGGGAAUACGUAUUAGAAAGUUUUUUUUUCAGUUAAAUAGGAACCUAAACCGUUUGACGUCAGAGCAUCAGCUUUUGACUAAACAAUUAUACUUUCCUCAAGGAAUUUGCAUUCGAUUCUUACUUUUGUGCAAUGCAUGCAUUUGUGAUAGAAAAUUACCGGUGUAUCCGGAUUCACGUAUGAGCGUUUGGGCACAUGUUUAAAUUGGAGAUUUUUGACAAUCUAAGAAUAAAAUAAAACAAUUAUAAUUCUUCAUAUUUGAUUAAGAAUUUGUAAAUAAAAGAAAAAUUCUCUUGUUGAUUAAUAACCUACAAGGCCAAUAGCAAUCUCAAAUGGGGAAAAAAUUUCCUCAAAUUUGAAGCAGGCAUAUUCUUUUAAUAUAAUUAUUAUAUUAUAACUAUUAUUUACAAUAUUGUCAGUCAGCAUCCUCAUUUA